AGAGCAGAGAAGAAAGACUUAAAAGAGGACAAAGAGAGAGACAGUCACAGAUAGUGAGACGGAGAGAGAGGAAGCUGCAGCAACAUUGACUUCAACUUUCAUAUCAUUAACCGCAGUCUGCAGACAGAGGAGCAGAAAUGAGCGCAGUAAGAGGGAGACCCAACCGGCGGAGGGGAGGACACAGCCGGAACAAUCUUCAGGCUACGAGACGGGAUCGCGUCCAGCAGAGAGAGGGGAACCAGGAGAUGUUCACAAGUAAAAGACGCCUGUUGAAGAUGAUUGUAUCCACUACACAGUCCCUGGAAUCAGCUGUAACUAAAAGCUUCAGGGAUUUUGUGAUGGCACAAAACUCAUCUCUUCCAAACAAGUCUGUGAUCCGCUCGGAGUUAGUCAGAGUCUACAAUGAAAAACGAAACGAGCUGCAAUCCACCUUCGCGUCUGCUGAUGACAUUGUGCUGACAUGUGAGUCGUGGUCUCACAGGGCUGAAGACUCCCUCCUGACGGUCGGCUGCCAUUUUGUGGACAACCUUGGGAAUCUCAAAUCCUACCUGCUUGAAACUAAAGGCCUCAUUGAAGAUGAGUCUGCAGCCAUUCAAAAGCAGCUCUCUGCUGUCAUGGAGGCUUGGGGCCUGAAAGGAAAGGUCCACUGUGUUGUCAGAGCUGGCCUGCCACAACUGAAAGGAGUCAAAACCAAAUGGACGGACAUGCCUUGCUUUGCAGACACACUGAAUGUGAUGUUCAAGGAUCUGAUGAGUCAGGAUGAGCUGUCCGAUGUUUUUAGAAAGUGUCGGGACAUCGUCAGAUUCUUUAAGUUUGAUUCUGAGGCAGAGGAGAGGCUCAGAGAGAUUCAAAAGAAGUUGGAGAUGGAACAAGUCGAGCUGAUCCUGCCCUGCGGGGACAGAUGGCUUCUCUGGUUAGACAUGCUUGAAGGACUGAUUCUGCAGCACGAGGCGAUAGGGAUGGUUUUAGUCCGGAAAAAUACGAAAAAUUUAAUUCUUGAUGAAACUGAAUCCGAGAAAAUCCAGAACAUCAUAUCGGCUCUGAAACCGCUGAAGAAAGCCACGUCCUUGAUGAAAGGGGAGGGAUUCCAGUCCAUUUCAGGAAUGCUGCCGCUGCUGAAGACGAUCAUGGACGAUCUUCAAACAGAAAAGAAGAAAGGGAACAAUGUUGCUAAAAUAUUACAUUCAAAAUGCCAGAAGGAGUUUGGAGACAUCAACAAGCACCGAUUGGCUCUCAUGACAUUCCUCGACCCGAGAUACAAAGACAAGCUUGGGGAGCAAAACAAAAAAAAUGCGAUAAAAGAGCUAAAGCAGGAGCUCAAUGCAGCCCGAACAUCCUGUUCUGCUGCUCAACUGGAAGCCCUCCUGGACAAGUACAUCAACUACAAACCUACUUCAGAGGAUUCCAACCCUUUUGCCUGGUGGAGGAACACAGGAAAGACCAAAUUUGAUGAAUUAAGCAGGCUUGCUCUGAAGAAACUUGGGAUCGUCUCCACAGCUGUGCCCUUAGAGAGCGCUUUCUCCUCAGCAGGUGUUCAGUUCUGCAACAACAGGAGCUCCAUCGAGCCAGAAAACCUCAACAUGAUCCUGUUCCUCCACAGCAACUGGCCAGACAUGUAGAUACCAGUCUACCAAGCUCUUUGAGCUGAUAAGAUCGAGAUCAAGAUUAACCUAAAGUAAGAAAUUGGUCUCAGGCUCUUCAGCCAUGCUGUAGCCAUAAAAGAACAACAAUCAACAUUAUUCACAUAAAACGACAAAUAAUGUCCACAAAAAAUAAGAAUAGAACUAACAUCAGGUUCCUAAAAUACCAUGGCAAAAAUGUAAAGACAAAUUAUUGUCCAGUGCCUAUCCAGUCUUAUUUGUCACUAUUUAACUGCUUUAUAAACCUGCACUGCACUCGUUUUAAUCUCUGCGCUGAUUUGAGUCCCUAAUGGCUCUGCCCUCGUUUUAAGGGCCUUUCAGAUAGCUGGGCUCUGCGCACCGCUGUCAAGCCCAUCCACUGUCAAGCCCAUCCACUGUCAAGCCCAUCCACUGUCUAUUGUGUUGCUCUGCGCAAGAGUGUAUCUCCGUGCCGCCGAGUUGAUCGCAGCACAGCGUCCCGCUUGUCACUCUUGCGUGCUUGGCGAAAGUUAAAACAUUUUCUACUUGCUCUGUGACGUCACCUCCGCUCAUCCAAUAGGAGGGUAACUCAGAUCACAACAAACGUGUCUCACUUUCCUGAGCUCUAGUUUAAAGACCUACCGAGACAUCGGCAAGAAAGAGCGUACCAGGUGUGUUUAAAACAGCAGUAAUGUGUGUCAUGCUCGUAAAGAGGUCGUUAUAGAGCUGCAGCUCCUGAACGACCUGAAACUCUCCCACAUCCUGAUGAUUUCAUGAACACACACCCUCUUUUUCUUUGCUGCCUGUCUCCCCCUCCGCAGCAGAAGAAAAGUCGGCGCUUUUUUCUCACUAGUGGACACAUAGAUCUACAAAUUGCUGUGGCAGAAGCUAUUCUCUCGAGCUAUUUUCUCAACUAUUGUUUUGGUCACCUAGCAACGUGCGCUGUUGGAUUUUGCUUGUACGCGCUCUCCAUAUUUGCUCUGCGCUCAUUUUAGUCCUUGAUUGGGCUGCACUUAUUAAGUCCCCAAUAACUUUGCACUCAAUUAGUCCCUGAUCGCUCUGAUCAGUUAAUUGUUUUCCUUUUUGUACAAAUAAAGAUCAAGAAUCUCAAAUAUUAUCGACGUUCACACGGUUACAAUAUAAUUCAAAUAGUAUAUUCAUCCAGACAUAUAAAGGUGGUUCUUGCAGACAUUAAUAUGAUUGGUCUGAGUGCUGUUAUCUGUGAGGUAAUGUUUAACAGUUUAUAUGUUUAUCUAAGAAAAAAAGAGUAUGCAUUUUUCAUAUUUACAACUGAAACUGAUUUGACUUUUUGCCUUUGGUGACUUUAUUUCAAUGUAAAUCCAAAGAUAAGUUGGUAUUUUGUCCAUGACCAAGAAAUUAAUAUUCUCGGGUUCUGUUGUUCUUCUAAGAGCAGAUUUUAUGUCACCAAACAGCAAAGACCUUAAAGUUAAACACUCCUGAAAAGAGAAGCCAUGAGAGUGCUGUAGUUACACACGGUGAACACCAGAGGGCAGCAGAGGGAAGGAAGAAACGGAGCAGCUGGACAUGGAUGUGUGCAUUUCCUCAUCAAUAACUAAAGCAGGAUCUGAAACCUGAUCUGAGAGACAAUCACCAUGGAAACAGCAAUCAGAGGAGGAGGAGCUUAAAGACGAGAUUUUAAAUGUUUAAAGUCAAUAAGAAAAGUUUGAUAAACUUAUAAUCAGCAAAAAUCAUCAUGUAAUGUUUUUAAUGUUUUGGGAAAAUAAAAGUUGGUUUUCAGA